AAAAUCCAAGAGACCGUUGAUACAAUGCGCUCCAACAUCUUCAAAGUUUCAGAACGUGGUGAACGUCUAGACUCCCUCCAGGACAAGACGGACAAUUUGGCAACAUCAGCGCAGGGAUUCCGCAGAGGUGCCAACCGCGUGAGGAAGCAAAUGUGGUGGAAGGAUAUGAAGAUGCGCGUGUGCCUUAUCGUCUGUAUCAUUAUUCUGCUCAUUGUGAUUAUCGUCCCUGCAGGUAAGAUCAGCGCUGUUCUCCCGGCACUCCACCCAGCUGGACCCGGUAAAGCAUCCCGGAGUGCGCUAACAGCUUUUUCCUUUUAGUUGUCGCAACCAAACAUUAAGCUACGAAUUCAGAGCGCGACAGUCAUGAUUGGCU